GGAUGGGGUUGUUUCCAUCCUCAGUAUAUUCAGCUAUUCAAUUCUCAGAAAUGGUUAAUGGCUUUUAUCGGCAUUUAUAUUUUCAUUUCCGGUAUUCAAACUACCGGACUUGGAGGUGUCGUUAUUACAUCACUGGAAACUCGGUAUGAAUUACGUAGCGCUGAGACUGGCUUGUUUACUAGCUCAUAUGAAGUAGCCGCAGCGAUUUGCGGCCUAGUAAUUAGUUAUUAUGCUGGUCAAAGACAUAAGGGAAAAUUUAUUGCAACGGGAUCGGUAAUGGCAGGAUUAGGAGCGGUUGCAUUUGUAUCACCGCAUUUCUUUAGUGGCAAAUAUAGCCCUAUCAACAGUGAAAUUACCAGUAACUUAUGCUUUGAAAGUUUAAAUAAGAGUAUCGCUUCUAAUACAUCAUCAGUUUGUAAUUCCUAUAUCGCGUCUUCAGCAAGAAACUACUUAUACAUAUUUAUCGCUGCGCAAGUAAUCAUCGGUACCGGUAACAACUUGAUGUGGAACGUUGGUAUGGCCUAUGUAGACGAAAAUGUUGAUCCUGUUGCUUCUUCUGUCUAUAUUGGAAUUAUGGUGACGUUAUCAGCAAUUGGUCCCGCUAUUGGCUACCUACUAGGAGGGUUACUUCUGAAUCUAUGGGUUGAUUGGCCAGAUCCUUCUGAUGGUGUAGCACCUGAUGAUCCUAGAUGGGUUGGAGCUUGGUGGCUCGGAUUCCUGGCAUGCGGCACCGGAAUGCUGAUUAUUUCUAUCCCUUUGUAUGGUUACCCUCCCUAUUUACCGAAUUACGCUGUAUUUAAAGCUAAGAGGCUAGCAAUGGCGAAGGGGAAGUCGAAAGUUGAUAAAGAAUAUGGAACCUCUAUCAAAGAUCUGCCGUUGGCUACCAAGGAGUUAUUUAUGAAUUUACCUUGCACCUUCUCUAUUCUAGCGGCUACUUGUGAAGCCACGACGGCAACAGGAUUUGCAGUAUUUCUGCCUAAGUUUAUUCAAUCUCAGUUCGGGUUGACAUCAUCAACUGCAAGCUUGAUUGCAGGAUCCAUCGUUGUCCCAGGAGCUGGUGGUGGAAUGCUAGCUGGUGGAUUUAUCAUGAGAUAUUAUAAACUUGAUGGAUUAGCAGCUGCAAAGCUUAAUGUCAUAUUUUCUGGGCUAGCUACAAUUUCCGUUUUAUGUUUUGCGUUGAGCUGUGGCAACGUACCAUUUUCUACUGUUGGACUCGAUCGAAGCGAAAAUUCCGCUACAGUUUGUAAUUAUCAAUGUAAAUGUUAUGAUAGCUUUGAGCCACUUUGUGGCAGUGACAAAAUUACCUAUUAUUCACCUUGUUUUGCUGGAUGUACAGAAAUAAAUAGAAAUCAGACCUUUUCGAACUGCAGUUGUAUGGCCACUGUCAGUAAUAUUUCAUCGUUAUCUAAAUUUAAUACUUCACAGCAUGGGAACAGUGGUAUUUGUCCUCUUGAAUGUAAUAAUAUGAUACCUUUUCUAGCAACCCUGUUUGUUUUAAUGAUUUUCACGUUCUUGAAAACUGUUCCUACGCAGCAGGUUCUACUAAGAUGUGUACCUGAGAGUCAGCGAUCGUUUUCACUCGGGGUACAAUGGCUUUUUCUUCGACUUCUGGGCAAUGUUCCUGGGCCAAUCAUCAUGGGAUCAAUUAUUGACAGAUCAUGCAUUCUUUGGAGUGUAACAUGCAACCAAAGGAAUAAUUGUUGGCUAUACAAUAACCAACAAAUGAGCCGUCUUAUCCUGAUUCUUGGAAUUACUUUUAAGAUCUCUACUACAAUAUUUUACCUUAUAGCAUGGCAUUAUUAUAAG